AAUAUUCAAGAAUAUAAUAUAAAGAGACAUGGAAAAUAUGGAACCGUCAACAGCAAGUAACACUGAAAGCAAUGUUAAAAAAUCACCAUGUUGUAUUGUUGUGCUUGGAAUGGCAGGUUCUGGAAAAACAACUUUUGUACGACGAAUAACUUCAACACUUUACAACACUGGCAAACCCUAUGUUAUUAAUUUAGAUCCUGCGUGUAGAGAAGUUCCAUAUCCUGCUAACGUUGAUAUAAGGGAUACAGUCAAUUAUAAGGAAGUAAUGAAGCGGUACAAUCUUGGUCCAAAUGGUGGUAUCGUUACAGCCCUGAAUCUGUUUUCUACAAAAUUUGAUCAAGUGAUUGAACUCAUAGACAGAGCAGGCAAGGAUCACGAAUAUGUUGUGCUAGAUACUCCUGGUCAAAUAGAAGUAUUUACGUGGUCAGCUAGUGGAACAAUUAUUACUGAAGCUCUAGCUUCUCAAUUUCCAACAGUCAUCGUCUAUGUCAUGGAUACAGUCAGAAGUGUUAAUCCUGUGACAUUUAUGUCCAAUAUGCUUUAUGCAUGUUCAAUAUUGUAUAAAACUAAGCUCCCGUUCAUUGUGGCCAUGAAUAAAACUGACGUCAUUGAACAUAGCUAUGCAGUAGAGUGGAUGAGGGAUUUUGAAGCAUUUCAAGAGGCUCUUGAUGCUGAGACUAGUUAUGUCGGAAAUUUAACACGCAGCAUGGCUCUAGCACUGGAUGAGUUUUAUAAUAAUUUAAGAUGCUGCGGUGUGUCUGCAGUCACUGGUGACGGAAUCCCAGAAUUUUUUGAGCACGUAAAAGAUGCUGCCAAGGAAUAUGAAACAGAUUAUAGGAAAGAUCGUGAAAAAAUGAAAACAGAGCAAACCAAAGAAAGAGAACGGACGAAGAAAGCGGAUGCGGCCGAAAGUUCCUCUUUGAUAACUUCAGUUAAUGCCGGCAGAGAGAUAACAGACAUUUAUCUGCGACAUCCAGCAAACGAGUCGAGUGAGGACGAGGAAGGAACGGAGGAUGUACCUGAAGAGGAUGAAGAUGACAAAAAGGAAGCAGAGUCGUUUAAUAAAUUUUUAGCAGACCAAGUUGCUCUAAGAGAAAAACGAAAUCAGCAGCCUGGGCCAAGCAAACCAGCGUGAAUUGAUAAAUGGAAAUGGGACGAAGAAAAUACACGUUUCUAAAAAAUA